AUGGCUGACAGCACUCCCACCACCACGACUGUGUAUGCUCCCAGUCGAUUUGUCAUUGACGAAAGUACGCAAAAGAAAUACCGCAUGACGGCCGCUGCCGCCGUGUUCAAUUCGCAAAACCAACUCCUGGUGGGGGAACGCGUGUCCAUUGCCAAUGCCUGGCAAGCACCCCAAGGAGGCGUCGAUGCCGCAUGGGAAGAAAACCAGUUCCAAGAGGAAACCGUCACCCAGGCAGCGACACGAGAACUGUACGAAGAAAUGGGAUUGGUGCUGGGCAAGCAUGUGGUACUCAUGGAUGCUACUACCACUAACGAUGAUGCCGGCGGCAUUCGCUAUGAAACGGAUGGCACAAACAGUUGGUUGGCCCAAAGUGGAUUUGCCGGUCAAGAACUGCAUUGGGUUCUGUUUCGGUGCAUCGAUGGAAGAGGGGAUGCCGAUCCCAGUGGCAUGUGCGAUUUGAGCGGUCAAAAUGGAGAAUCUGCCGAAUUUCGACAAGCGGAAUGGCGAUCCUUGACCGAUGUGAUUGACAAUAUUUGGCCAGCCAAACGAGGGCCAUACGAAGCCUUGCAGAACAUGCUGUCAUUGCCAUUAUCGACAUGGCAACAAUCUUGCCAAGAAACAGCCCAGACGUUUCAAGGUACAUGGACUCGAAAGGUGGAAUUGUCACGUAACCUGGAAGCCGCACUGAAUGCGCGUGGCCUCACAAAAGAUCAAAUUGAAACGUCACUGGAAGCACCCUACAAACAAACCUGGACUUUUGACAACGGAAAGAGCAGCGACCAACAGCUGCCAGAGUGGAAAGUGACAACCUACGGAAAUGAUGGUGUGACGCCCAGGCGUGUCCUCGUCUAUCCUGUUGGGAAAGAAUGGGAGGAAGAGUAUGAUCUCACAUCUUCCGCUCUCUUUGGCAAGACAGCGAACGACAACGAUGCUGGUGGUACCGCGACACUACAACGGCGCACGUUCUAUGCCCCACAAUCACUCGAGGGCAAAGGUGCCACGGUGGCGCAUGUGACCAUCACGCAAACACCCAAUGGAGACAUUGAGGAGUCACGACGGUAUCGUGAUGGAGAGCACUUUUGCUUGCUGCGAACCUUUUGGGCCAAGGACGGCACAGUCGAUGGCGUUGUUUCCAUGGAGCUGUUUUGUCGCGACAAGGAUGAAUCACGUGCAUAG